GCGCUCCGCGCGGUGUGCCUCCCUGUGGACGUGCGCUUCGCGCCCGUGCUGCCCGGCUGCAAGGUUGCAGAGGCCGAAGGGGCGCUCGACCCCGUCGACAACUUGCCCCAGGAGGUCAACGCGAGCAUCGAGUGGGCCCGCGAGAACCGGGCGCCCGCGAAGGUCAGGUGCGCGGGAGCUGCCGGGGCGCUCGUCGGGAUGCGUUGGCCCCUCGAACGCCACAUCGAGAACCGUUCCCCGAAGCGCGGCGCCGUCUUGAUCGAGCGCGCCGCCCUGCUCGAGCGCAGCGCGGCCGAAUGUGAGGCGGGCGAGAAGGCACUGGGCGCCGAUGGGAUUUUCGUCUAG